CUUGUCCGCCAUUUUGAGCCGUGCGAGGGUGUCAUUUCUCUCCAAUCUGAGGCGAUUUCCUACUGACUUCGGCUUUAAACCUACUCUGGGCAGUUUUGAUAGACAGAAAAUUAUGGACCAAAGAAGCAGUGAGAUUCCUGUGGACGAGCUGCCAACUGUGCACCCUGGGAACGAGACAAGCAGCAGCGAGGACCCGGCAACAGACACGGGAGGACAGCAGGAGAAGGAAGAGGACAUUCUAUCGGAGGAAACGCACGGGGUAAACUCUGUCCAUCCUCCCGUACAGAGUCAAACAGAGCAGACGGACGGGCCUGUGGUGAAAGGUACUGUGGACAAACGUUACAAAUGUGACCAGUGUGACUAUUCUGCAUCACGAAAAGGCCAUAUAGACCGACACAUGGUUAAACACACCGGAGAAAAACCCUACAUGUGUGGGCAGUGCGGAUACAGGACAGCUUUUACGUCUAACAUAUCCAGGCAUAUGAAAAAACAUACUGGGGAAAGAUCUUACAAAUGUGACCAUUGCGACUAUUCUGCUGCACAGAAAGGUAACUUAGACUCACACAUGGCUAGACACACCGGAGACAAACCCUACAUGUGUGGGGAGUGUGGAUACAGGACGGCUGUCAGGUCUAACAUAUCGAGGCAUAUGAGAAAACAUACAGGAGAAAAACCCUACAAAUGUGACCAUUGCGACUAUUCUGCUGCACAGAAAUGUCAUUUAUACACACACACGGCUAAACACACUGGAGAAAAACCCUACAUGUGCGGGGAGUGCGGAUACAGGACGGCUGACAGGUCUUACCUAUCCAAGCAUAUGAAAAAGCAUACAUGACAUUGAUUGUACAGAUGUGAGCAAUGGAACUUUUCUGCUGCACGCAAAGUACAUUUUGACCAACACAUGGCUACACACACUGACGAUAAACCCUUUAAAUACAAGCGUGACCAGUGCGACUUUCAGUGCUGUACUUUAUAAAAACAUGGCUUAACACGCUGCUGAGAAACCUCGUAUGUAAGGGUAGUGCGGAUGGCAUAAUUAUCUACUGUGUCCCGCAUAUUAAUAACGAAGAUGUGCUUACC